GGAUCCGAAAGAUAGGGGCGGGGUUUAGCCCCUCUCCGAGGUAGGAGGCGGGGUCUAGGCCGUCACUCCGAGCGGUGGCGGUAGCACCAGUGUUUGUAUCUACUGAGCGGAUCGAGGUAGGACCAGGCUUGUAGUGCGUCAGUAAUAGAAGCAUCAUGGAAGACACUGGAACUACAGUAGAUGCAAAAUCCACCAAAAAUUCAGGAGUAAAACUCUUCCAUGGUAGCAAGUCAGUGGAAUCUGGACUGUCAUCAGACAGCUAUAAAAUGGAUUAUCCAGAAAUGGGGUUAUGUAUAAUAAUCAAUAAUAAGAAUUUUCACCCAAACACUGGUAUGUCAUUUCGUUCUGGUACAGAUGUUGAUGCAGCAAGCCUCAGUGAUACAUUCAGGAGCUUAAAAUAUGAAGUCAGGAUUAAAAAUGAUCUGACAUGUAAUGAAAUAACUGAGUUACUAAACAGUGUUUCCAAAGAAGAUCACAGCCAAAGAAGCAGUUUUAUUUGUGUGAUUCUAAGUCAUGGUGAAGAAGGAGUCAUCUUUGGCACAGACAGAUCUGUUGAACUAAAAAGAUUAACGUGUUUCUUUAGAGGAGAUAAGUGUAGAAGCCUUACAGGAAAACCCAAGCUUUUUAUUAUUCAGGCAUGUCGAGGCACAGAGUUGGAUUGUGGUGUUGAGACAGACAGUGGUACAGAUGAAGAUAUAGCAUGCCAGAAAAUACCUGUUGAAGCAGACUUCUUAUAUGCAUAUUCUACAGCCCCUGGCUACUAUUCCUGGAGAAAUUCAAAGGACGGUUCGUGGUUUAUCCAGGCACUUUGUGCUGUGCUGAAACAGCAUGCUCACAAGCUUGAGAUUAUGCAAAUCCUUACCCGAGUCAAUCGGAAGGUGGCCACAGAGUUUGAAUCUUAUUCUUUAGACAUUUCCUUCCAUGCAAAGAAGCAGGUGCCAUGUAUUAUGUCCAUGCUUACCAAGGAACUGUAUUUUUCCCAUUAGGAAAUUCGACGCAUUUUAAUUUGUAUGCCAAGCUGGUGGAUGAUAGGUCUGAAGACUACAUUUCCUUGAGUCUGAUUCAGUAUGGCAGUGGAUGGGGUUGGGGGACUUUGGGGAGAGAAUCACCAUAUCUCCAUUUAAUAGAACCAAUGCAUUGCUACCUCAAAUUUGAGGAUUUGAAAUUGGAAGCUAAUUGGGUGUUAAUGUACUGAGUUUGUAAAGAAAAAAAUGGAUAAUGGCAUUUUUUAUAAGAAGAAACUAUUCUAACUCGAAAUCUUGAAGAAUAAUUGGAGAUUUAGGAAACAAAAUACUUCUUACUGAUAUGAUAUCAUGGACUUUGAAAAUGUUAUGGGAAAAUUGACACAUUUUAAAAGUAUAUUUUUACUAAACUAUGAGAGACAGCAUCUCAUAGUGGGUAAAAGGAAGGUCCUUGGAGUCAGAGAGGCCUGGUUUGCCUCCUUGUUUGACAUAAUGUGACUGGGGCAAAUCGCUUGGUCUCUCAUUGCCCCAGGCAGUGAAGACCAAGUCUGAGACUAAUUUAAGAUCACCAUGAGUGGAGUGAGUUUCCGUUCUGGGAGUCGCUUCCACAGACAAACGAUCUCAUUCUGAUCUAGAUUUUUUCAUUAAAUUUAUAAGUAUGCUUUCAAUUUUUAUCAAAUGACACAAAUAAUCCAGUGUGAUGCACUCUGGACUUCUGCCAAAAUCAUGGUUUUGCUAGAGACUAGCAGUGGCAGAGUUUUACUUGCAAAAUUCAGUGGAAAUAAAUAAGGGAGGUGUGUAGGUAAGAUUUUCUUAACAUAAACAUCACAGUUUCUGAAAAGAAAAGUGGCAUGGGGCUAGGGGUGUUUUUUUUUUAAUUCUCAAAUAAAAACCUCAUUUUGAAUAUUAAAUUUAGAAGCCAGAAUUCUAUUUGGUAGAAAAUGGGAUGAACUCAGGUGUUCUCUAUGAGCCAUAUUUAAUCUUCAAGGACAAAUAGAAUUCAUUCCCAAACCAAGGUGCUGAAAUACAGCUUGUUCAACAUAAAAGGGAUGCUUGUCCCCACCUCAAUCAGAUGGACUGACCUGUGUGAAAAACUGAAAAGUGACUGACUCUUAAAGUCAUAUGAACUGCAAAGAUGCUAGGGAUGCAACCUGAAGCAACACUGGUUGUGCAGAGUAGUUUUGAAAAUCAACCCAUGACCUGGUCCUCAGCAGCUUAGCACACAACAGUUGGAGAGGUAGAGGGAUGUCACAGAGUGGAGACAGCACAGGCCCCAUAGGAAGGAUGCAGAAAGAAGCGGAGACUAGCUCUUCAGGCCAGUGGAUGCCCUAGAAAGUAUGGUUUUGGCCACAGAUUCUUCCAAGUCGGAACAGUUUUCAUAUACAAAGAAUAAGGUCAAAUGGACACAAGGUCAGAGUUUUCCAAACAUGGCCAAGGACCUAUCAAAAUAUUGUGUUCUUUAUUGGAAAGUAUCUAUGCAUGUAAAGUUAUUUUCAGUGACAUUGAAAAUGAUAAGAGAACAAUAAUAGUGGGCAGCUGGGUAGCUCAGUGGAUUGAGCCAGGUCUAAAGAUGGGAGUUCCUAGGUUCAAAUGUGGCCUCAGAUACUUCCCAUCUGUGUGACCCUGGGCAAGUCACUUAACCCCCAUUUCCUAGUCCUUACCACUCUUCUGCCUUGGAAACAAUGUAUGGUAUUGAUUCGAAGACAGAAGGUAAAGGUUAAAAAAAGAAGAGCAAGAUGUCAUUCCUCUCUGGAAUCUUUGGUGGGAUUUACUGAAUAUAGACCUUAAAAUAGAGCCAUAUAUCUAGAAUAGAAAGGGGCCUCAGAGUUAAGGCCACCUCAUCCAAUUGUCUUCUUUUACAGAGAAGGAAACUGAGGUUCAGUGUGUUUAACUUACCUAAGAUCACACAGGUAAAGAGUCUGAAUAGGUCUCUGUGCUUCCUGAACCUCCUGUCCUAUCCACUGUUCUUUAUUUGGUCCAUCUUCUCCCUUUUAAAGAUGAGAAAACUGAGGCUAAAAUGAAUUGAAUAACUAUCCCAAGAAGGUAUAGAUAUUUUAGUGCAGAGCUGUGACUCUUCCAGGUCUCUUCAUUCCCACUUAAGACAAGCAUCACUUAAAUCAUCAACAAUCUUUCAGUCUGGUGAUUUUAAUUUUACUUGAGGGGAAGAAGCCCAAACUUAAAGAGGUGAUAUUAGUCCCUCUUCUACUAAUGCAUAAGUGAUGUUUCUAACUUAAUAAUUCAAAUGCAGCAUGUAAUUGUAAUGGUAUUUGGUAAGGUUUAUGUGACCACUUCUACAAUUAAAAUUUGUUCCUUUGAAUGUUUUUACUUCUAAAAAUAAAUUUCUACCAAAUUUACUCA